AGCAUCAUCAGCCAUUCAAAAAUAAUAACCCAUCUAAUAAUAUCUCUGCUUUCUCUUCCUGAACUAAAUACGUGUGCAAGUAGCUGGCACAGAGCAUUCACUUAUUCGUAAAUACUCGGCUAGUUUCUACCUCUUGCAGACUGAGAGCUGUGUAGUGUGUUCAGGAUGGCUUGAAUUCCCUCAGUUAGUCGUGGAUCAGCUGACAACUCAUACGAACUUCUGCCAAUUGACCAACCAUGGCGUUCAGGAAAACUUUUCAGAUUGCUGAGAAGACUUUCAUUCAAAGCUUUCCCAAUCAUAUGGCCAAAGGUUUGCUAGUACUGCAGCAUCGAUCUCCACACAUUGAUGGAGUGUUCCUGGUGCAUGAUGCUAGGAUCCCAUUGUCUGGGUACAGUGACAAUGUGUUCAACUGUCUUCAGGGUAUGCCACUGCUCCUGAUCUUGAACAAGGCUGACUUGGUGCCAAGAGAGCACCUUCAGCUUGCUAUGGAGGUAUUGGAGACUCGUUUGCCGGAUGUGCCAGUCAUGACUAGUGUUGUCAGUCAGCAGCACAGAGGUGGUGAUAAAUAUGCCAAAGAUUUGCUGCCGGCCAUGCUGAAAAUCAUUGACAUGGAAAAAGUGAGACAGAAGCGUGCAUCCCACGACGAGGACUUCUACAUACGUCUGGUGGUGGCCGGUAUUCCUAAUUGUGGCAAAUCAUCAGUGAUCAACGCCUUACGGCGGAUGCAUGCUAAACGAGGUGCUGGAACCCGUUCUGGGCGCAUCCCUGGUAUCACAAGAGCAGUCAUGAAUGAAAUCAUCGUGAAUAGGAGUCCCCAAGUGAUGCUUGUUGACACACCAGGUAUCAUGGAUCCUUCAAUUCCGAAUUCUGAAGUUGGCUUACAAUUGGCUCUAGUUGGGACGAUUGCUUCCAACAGAGUGGAUCAGAGACUACUUUGUGAUUAUCUCUUGUAUCGACUCAACAAGCACAAGUGUUUUCAGUAUGCCCAAUUUUUGGGGAUGGAUGGACCAUGCGAUGACAUUGAAACUGUUAUGGUUGCGAUUUGCAAGCGCCUUGGUCACUUCAUGCCAGGGAGACGCCUUGACUACCACCGCGCUCAACAUUGGUUCCUGGAUCGAUAUCGGAAGAACAUGCUGGGCCGAUUCAUCUACGACCUGGAGCCCGAGUUGGUUGAGGAGUACGUGCAAAAGAAGAAGCUAGAGCGCUUGGAAGCAGCGCGACUGCGCGAUCAUCGCUACAUGGCAGAUGAGGAGUGGUGGAAGGGUACAGGUUUAGCAGCCAAACUGGAUCCCAUAUCUCAGGUGAGCUACCAACUGGACGGCUCAGUUUCUUUCGGAGCCAACAGUGCAAGCGCACCCGCGCAGGAGACCAAUGUUGAUGCUGCGUGCGGCAGCGCCAGCAUGGCUGGUGACCAAUGUGAUGAGUUAGGUGACAAAGCAGAUCAUGACACCGGUAACGAUAACCAAUGUGAUGAUGGCCUUCCGGCUAAAGGCGAAUCUGACGUUUCUUGUGGGGCUGCUGCUGCUGCUGCAGCAGAGGGAGCGCCCUUCUCGUCCACCAAGCCCUCUCCUGUCGAAACUUGUCUAUAGUUAUCGUGCUCCAUGCACAUAUUCCUGUGCAACCGUUGAGCUAGCUGUGACUAUUAUUUUGUGCUUGCAUUCUGCUUUUCUAUCCGCUGUAAAUAUUGGUACGCUACUCUGCUACUCUGCUUCUCUUGGAAGUUCCUUCGCCUUUCCGCUCUGCUGUAUAUAAGAUUGCUGUGUACAUUCUUGCACUGAAUCCCUGUUCAUUCCAGUAGUAGUACUGAAAUAGUAGUAUUUAUGAGUUGACUUUUAACCCUGCACACAUGCACGGUGCCUGCUUUAACUCAUUACGUAACCUCUGUCCAGUAUGACUUGUAAAAAGAAAGAAAGAAAAGAAAUGAAGAAAGGGUAUACCUCGUCUAACCUUUGCCGUGAUUGCACGGUUGCACAGUGUACUGCAGAUCGCAGCCUUCAUC